GGGCGGGAGUAGACGAGAAGUCCCAGUCGGGGUAGCUGGUUUGAGCUUUGAAAUUCCAGCUUGCCGCCGAGGUUUGUGCCGCUGAGGUUUAAAUUGCUGAUCGCAGUGAGCAGUAUUGCUGUUGCUUCAGCAAAGCCUCGCAAAUGUCUCCCUUUUGACUUGAGCCGGCAGAGUAGCCAAGUUUACUGGCCGUGGCAAGACUGGCCUGUGGCUGAGGGGAUCUGAGGGGGCGUGAAGGACGCGCCAUGUUCGCUCUCAGCUCGGGAUGGGGGCUGGGCUGCCUCUGGCUCAGUCAGCUCAGAGUCUGGGCCCGCGACGCCUCCGGGCGCUGGGCGCUUGGGGCUUGUCAGGCCCGGCUGUGCUGCUCAGGUGGCGGCGAGGGCCGGCCCGGGUCCGAGCCCGGGGUCUCUCCGUUUGGCCCCACGCGCCAGACUCUGAAGGAGUGGGCGCUGCUGGUGAGCCCUUUCGGUCGGCUGCGGGCGCGGCUCCCGUGCCACGUGGCCGUGAGGCCCCUGGACCCCCUCACCUACCCGGACGCCGACCGCGUGCUGGUCGCGGUGAGCGGAGUGGAGGGCAGGGCGCGGGCCCUGGCCGGCCUGCAGGUGGAGUAUGACGAGGCGCUGAAGGAGGUGGCCAUCGUGUCUGACGUCAUUGACCCCCAGGCGUCCGUGGAAGUGACCGCGCCCCUGAAAUUCGAUUUGAAUAUCAAGUCAUCAGGGUCUGGCUGUGUGAAAGUCCAAAAUAUUGAGUGUGAUAAUUGCAAAAUUGAAACUGAGCAGGGGACUAGCAUCUUACAGUCCGUUAAGAGUCCACAAUUACACAUUCAAACAAAAGGAGGCAAAGUGAUCUGUCUGGGAACAAUUUAUGGAAAUAUAAAUAUUCAUGCAUCAGAUAAAAGUACUGUAACCAUAGAUAAACUUCAAGGAAGUUCUGUUAAUAUAUCUACUGAAGAUGGUUUGCUGAAAGCCAAGUAUCUUUACACAGAGUCGUCAUUUCUAUCUUCUGCUGCUGGGGAUAUUACAUUAGGAAGUAUUCAUGGUAAUAUAACACUACAAAGCAAGAUGGGUAACAUCACGGUAGGUUCGUCUUCUGGAUGUCUAAAUGCUUCAACUCAUCAGGGUGCCAUAGAUGUUUAUGUCAGCCAGCUGGAGAAAGUGGAAUUGAAAUCCCAUAAAGGCUCCAUUCUUGUCAAGGUUGCAUCUUCUCUUCAAGCUUAUUUACAGUUAUCAGGGAAAGAAAUUGAUGUGAACUCAGAAGUCCGUGUUGAAGAAAUGGAUGAAGCUCAUAAAGAUGAUGGUAUAAUAAUUACUGAAAAGAAGCUGACCUUCAGGGAUUGGUCAAGAAUUCUCAUUUUGAACACUCCACGAGUUACUUCACCAGCAAUUCUAAAGUUUUCAAGAUUUGGACUCUGGUAUUACAACUGUGCUCAGAGUAUCUACACAGAAGUGGUCUGCUUCCUCGUCCAGUGAACUCUGCCUGUCAGUGGAUGUGACACUCCAGU